AUGAAAGUGUUCUCCGCUAAUGACAAUCCAUUUGGUGGGAGCAUUCCAGACACCUUAGGCCAUUGGAAAAGCUUGAUAGAAAUUGAUUGUGGUGGUUAUAACUUAUCUGGAAUCAUCCCUCAAUCCAUCUAUAACCUCUCACUCUUAACUUAUUUUUCCUUGCCUGAAAAUCAGCUUAUUGGUACUCUUCCCUUAGUCACAAUGCUCCCUUAUCUUGUGUACCUUCAGUUAUGGGGUAACCAACUUACUGGACCUCUUCCGCGCUGGAUAUCUAAUUGUUCCAAAUUACAACAUCUUGAAGUGACUGCCAACUAUUUUAGCGGGAAGUUGACUAUCGACUUUGCAAAAUUGAAGGAUAUCUAUCAAAUAUCCUUAGGUGUUAACACCUUUGGAUUCGGAGAAACUGAUGAUAUGAAGUUUAUUGAUACCUUGAUAAAUUGCAGCAGACUAGAUGUGUUGCUUCUUGAUGAUUGCAAGUUUCAAGGAGCGUUGCCCACAUCAAUUGGUAAUCUUUCUGACCAACUCAGUUUUCUACAUUUAGGACGAAAUCAUUUCUCUGGAAACCUCCCUUCAAGUAUAGGGCCAAUUCCAGAUGCCAUCGGGAACUUAUCAUCACUGACUAAACUUUGGUUGAAUUCUAACAAGUUGGAAUGGCAUAUCCCAUCACUCCUUGGAAAUUGUCAUAACUUAUCGAUGUUAUACCUUGAUCACAAUGAAUUCAGUGGCCCAAUACCUAAACAACUUCAUCAAAUUCCAGCUCUAACCAUAGCAUUAAAUCUUUCUCAAAAUAACCUGAUAAGCCUAACUAAUCCUAUAGUGCUUUUAGUUUCUAAAGAGUUAUUCUGUUAUCUUUUUGGCUAUAGGGAUUCAACAAGGAUCUAUCACAACCUGUUUGGGUCGCUCCCAAUAGAGGUCGGCGAACUCAAGAUGUUGAGUUCUCUGGAUUUAUCUCAUAAUAAUUUAUCCGGUAACAUUCCUAGUAGCCUUGGUGGUUGCACUAGUCUCGUAUUCUUAAACCUCAGAGGCAACUUAUUUCAAGGCAUGGUACCAUCUUCAUUAAGUUCCAUGAGAGGAGUUUCAACGCUCGAUCUUUCUCACAAUAAUUUAUCGGGAAAAAUUCCUCAAUUCUUGGAACAGUUGACCUUAUUAGAAUAUGUAGACCUAUCCUUUAAUGAUUUCGAGGGUGAAGUACCGGUGAUAGGAGUGUUUGCUAAUGAAAGUGCAUUCUCUGUUUUGGGAAAUAGGAGGUUUUGUGGUGGCUUGCCUGAACUUGAGUUGCCCAAAUGCAGGGAGACACAUGAUAAACAUAAAAAAAGGUUUCCUUUGUUCGUCAUACUCAUUCUGGUCACAUCCACACUUUUCACUAUAUUAUGUUUUGUAUAUGUUUGGUGUAAGAAAAGGAAGAGUCAACCAUCUCAAUUGUCAAGGAACGAACAGUUCAUGAAAGUAUCAUAUGCUCAACUUCUAAAGGCUACCAACGGCUUCUCCCAAGCCAAUUUGAUUGGCGAGGGUGGGUUUGGCUCUGUUUAUAAAGGAGUCCUUGAUGAUACAACUGUUGCAGUCAAAGUUGUUCAUCAGCAAAACCGAGGUGCCCACAGAAGCUUUAUAGCGGAGUGUGAAGCAUGGCGGAACAUUCGACACCGGAAUCUGUUGAAGAUAAUAACUUCAUGUUCAAGUGUUGACUUUCAAGGCAAUCACUUAAAAGCUUUGGUAUACGAGUUCAUGCCCAAUGGGAGUUUACAUGACUGGUUGCAUUCAAGUUCAAGUACAUCCAGGCUAAACCUUCUUCAAAGAAUAAAAAUCCUCCUUGAUGUUGCAUCUGCACUUGAUUAUCUUCACAAUCACUGCCAGCCAUCCAUCCUUCACUGUGACCUGAAGCCUAGCAACAUUCUGUUGGAUGAUGAUAUGGUGGCCCAUGUUGGAGACUUUGGCUUAGCUCGAUUUCUUGGAGCAAAUUCAAACAAAAACAGUACAAGUGGCAUUAGAGGAACGAUUGGAUAUGCACCUACAGAGUAUGGUGUUGGGAGCAAGAUGACAAGUAGUGGAGAUGUCUACAGUUUCGGAAUAUUAUUGUUGGAGGUGAUGACAGGGAAGAGGCCAACAGACAACAUCUUUAUUGAAGGCCUUACCCUUCAUAGAUUUGCAUACAUGGCCUUGCCAGACCAUCAGAUGUAA